AUGCCGCGCCAACAAAUUAACCUCGAACCCUACCGGGAUGAGAUCAUCACGCUGUUUCAACACGGCAUCAGUAGUGACUCGAUCAGCCGCACGCUUGAGAGCCGGUAUAACAUCCAAGUUAAAGAGCGCACCAUCCAGUCAAGACUACGCAAGUGGGGUAUUCGCAAACGCAGCCGGACAACGACGGCCGACGAGGUGCUGCAUGCACGGAUCAAGGUGCUUUUCGUGCAAGAUAGGCUGACCGACAAGGCAAUGCUCAAGCUGCUGCGGCAGGAUGGCUAUGACAUCUCCGAACGCACGCUGCGCCGGCUACGGUUCCAGCUCGGGCUCCAUGCCCGGGCUUCUCUGGAUCACGACCAGGGUUCCACUCCCAUUGCAUCAUUGCCUCUAGCUGUUCCGGUAUCAGUGUUAUCCAAGGAAGAUAGCAGUCCUUGA